UGUCUCCAUAUGUCGUAUCAGCAGAGUUCCAGGCAGGGCAUUGAAUUACAUGUACUCGAAAUAGGUGUCCCGAGAAUGACUCUUUGGCAACAGUAACUUAACUAUUAACUUAUCCUGGCCUUCACAAUAAAUAUCGUUCGGUAUUCGAUAAUCGAUAGUGCACUCUAUUGCACAAGCAUAAUGCAUAGCAAGGCAAAGCAAAUAAAUCUAAACAACAACUGUAAAUAACAACAAUAACCAUCCUGAGAGCGCGAAAGUUGCUUAUUUUCGUCCACGGUGUGUGCUGUGGUCUCGUCACAACUCAUGGUGUAAUUAAAGCAGAGACAGUUUAUCAGCGUCCGUAAAUUGUCUCAAACCAUAAUAUAUGCGGAAUUAAUGGUUGAAUUUGGACACAAUCACAUCCUUUGAUCCGAAAACGCAUUGGUGAAAACUGUAUGUUUGAUGAAGAAUGUGACUCUGGUGUGACGUACUGCCGGGACCGCAGUACUUGUGACUGCAAGCCUGGAUUCCGUAAUCAACAAUCAUCUUGCAUUGCCACUAUCGACUCUGUGUGCUUAACAGACAGUGACUGCAAUACACUGUCAUUUUCAUCUUGCCAGGAUAAUUUCUGCAUGUGUAGGCAAGAUUAUGUGCCUAGUUCUUCAAGACAGGCGUGUCUACCAGUUGCCACAGGUUAUAAGCAACAGUGUGAGGAAAAUACACAGUGUUCAAAGACAUUUGGUGACUCUGCAUACUGCUAUGGGGGACAGUGUGUUUGCUCAAAAAAUUACCAUUUUGCUGAUCGAAAGUGUAUAAGAAAUAAAGAUUUGGAUAACCAAUGCAAUUCAAGUAGUGAAUGCUACAUCGGUGAGAAUCUUGGAUAUCGAGUAAGCUGUCUGUCAAAUAGGUGCCGUUGCAGUGAAGGAUAUAUUAGAAAAGACAAUACGUGCAUAGAUUCUGCAACAACAUCAGCACUGUCCUUUCUGCUGGUGGCAUUUCACCUUUUGGUGGUUUUUCUGUUUUGAAUAUGACUGCUUUACGAAAGAGCACAGAAAUGCAAAUAUUUAUGCACUACAUGGGAAGGAGGUGACAACAGAAAGACAUCUCCAAGAAGAACAGAAAUGUGUUUUGGAAUGAAGCAUUUUUGGUACAGAUAGUGCACACUAAGACCUGCAGUUUGAUCUAUCACUUUACUUAAAAAAAUCAAAGAAAGACUGACAUGAAUAUUACAAAAGAAAGACACCCACAUAUUUUUGAGAUUGCAGGAGGGGGCGGGGUGGCAUUAGCGAUAAGAAUAAUUCACCUCUCUGAAUAUCUUGUGUGCUUUCAAAGUUUGAGCCCACACAGUAUUUCUCUGUGAAAGCACUCUCUCUCUCUCUCUCUCUCUAAAAUUUUCCCUGAGGUGUCUCACUGGGAGAAAGACUGCUUUUUACCAUCUGUCAGCAUAUUAAGGAAUCUUUUUUUACACCUUUUUCCUUGUAUUUUAUCACAUGGAAGAGGUAAUAAUUUUUCCAUUCACUUAGUUUAAGUCAUUUCAGUGAUGCAUAUACAUUGUUUUGUGUCAAAUUUUGCAAUUACUGUUGAAACAUUAUUACCUGUAAAUAAAAAUAAU